CCACAGGCCACCGCCAUUCCAGCCACAGCCGGCGAGCCAUCACAUGAUGCCUCAUCACCACCACCCCUAUUCUCCACACCAUACCCCUCGCCAUGAACUAGGCCCGGCACCGAGCAUGGUGGGGCCUCCGGCACCCUACUCGAUGCCUCCGCGUCCCCCGACGCAGGAAGGGCAACCGUACACCUCCCCAAAGACGCAAAGAAAGACCAAGGGCCAUGUGGCGUCGGCGUGUGUGCCUUGCAAGAAGGCACACCUCCGAUGUGACGCCCAGAGACCUUGCUCUAGGUGCACAAGUAAUGGCAAGGAGGACUCGUGUAUAGAUGUUCAACACAAGAAGCGUGGGCGACCACGACUUCGGGACGAUAGGGAACUGCGCUAUGACGUACCGGGCAGGGCAGGGCAGCCGCAGGAGGGCGGCCUGAGAAGGCCAAUCUCGCUCUUCUCGCAGCCGCCUUCGAUGGGGAUCCCCAGUUACGACGACUCGCUCCGCAGAUCUCAGUCAUAUCGGGUCCUCAAGUCCCAACCUUCCGAGGGCAUCGCGUCGAGGUUCCUGGAGCGCGGGUCGGCUGCCAACGCCAACAUUUACCCGGCACCUCUGUCCAUUGCCACAAGGCCGCCCGAGGCAGCCGCGUUCCUGACGAUAGACUUUACCAUCGCCAAGACGUCGGCCACGUUUUCGGAAGCACUUGGUCGCCAGGCAAAGGGCAUGAGGCUCGCCGAAGUGGUGGCUCCCGGCGACCAGGAUCGUGUGACGAACCUCCAGAACAUAAUGCACGAGGAGCAGACGAGAAAGGAGCCCAACUACUUGCCACCAAUAUUCGGCAAGGAGGAGGAGGAGAGGGUGAUUUUCGGGCUCGGGUUCAGCCAGGAGGAGAUGUCGAGAUUCAGCUUGGACAGGUUGGAAUACCUGUCCUUCUCGGGACCCGACGGGCUACCGAGGCCAUUCCCCGUCCGCGUGGGUCUCGCAAAGCAGGAUUCGAUAUACUUUGUCGUGCUCCAGCUCGCCCUGGCCCCGCGGCCGCAUGGACACCUGACGCCGUCGCCGCACUCGAGGGAUCCGCGAGACGCGCCGUACCCGUACCAGGCCGCCCCUCAGCUCUAUGCGCCUCAGCCAACGCCCGUGUCGGCAACGUUCGACCCGGGGAGGCCGAGGCUAGGCAGCGACGCCAGCGCCUACGGCAUGAGGCAGCAGGGGCCGCAGCAGGGGCCACAGCAGGUGAUGCCGGGUCUCAGCCCCGGCCUGCCGUCGGCCUACGCCGCCUCGCCCAGCCGGCCGGAAUAUUCCCCCAGCUCGGCGUACCAGAUUCCCCGAAGCGAGCUGCAGACGUCGAGCAGACCCGCUCCUCCGCCGCAGCAGCCGUACCAGCUGCCUCCGAUCCGAAGUCAGCAGCCUCAGGGGUUGGGGCCCGCGGCAGAAUCGCCAUCGUCGUGGUCGCGGGACGAGCGGAGGGUGGACAUUGGCGGCCUGAUCGACAAGCCGGAUCUUUUCGCCAAGAAGCCACAAUGACGAGAAAACGCCAGCAGCAGUUGGGCGCGUCGCUAGUCAAGGCAACGUGACCGGAGUUGAUGGGUGAUGGUUGUACUCGCUCUCACCUGCUUCCCGACUAGCAGCCUCUCGAGUCGAGUCGUGACACAACCGACUUGUUGACCAUUUCCCACCCUUUUUUUUCCAUCUCUUUUCCUUAUUCUCUUUUUCCUUUGUUUUCCAAUCCGGUGGCCGAUACCCUUGCAAUCAUGAUGUUGAUACCACUGUGCGUGCGUGCGACGCAACCAGGUCUCUGUUUGUGAGCAAGCGUCGUUGAUGACUUAACCCGCCCCUGGACAUGCGGUGUCCCCGUCCAUAAUCUCCGCCUUCGCACAACGGGCGCCCAGACUCUUGCGGUGUCGUUCGGGGGAGCGCCUUGGUUGCUUUCCUCGCAUGCCCGAGAAGAAGGCCCCGUUUUCCCUUCGAUCUUUUUUUCUUCUUUCUUCUCUCUCGCAGGAUCGGGCCGAUCAAACACGGCACUUAAAGUCUUUUUGUUGUAAUGCUGCCUGUAAUAUAUUUGGUAAUGCUGGAGGCGGAGCCGGCUUAUUUGGCUGGAUCCGGAUAAGUAUUGGGAGGGGAGUAUUCAUAAUGGGGGGAAAUGCAGGAGAACUUGUUAUUGUUCAGACACGGCGGCGGGUAAUGCUCUGCUUUUUUGUUUGAGGAUAGCCCAUUGCGAAUUGCACCUGGUUGUUCCU